AUGCUGAAGUGCACACUCAGUAAAUUUACGAAGAAAAUGACAGAAAGUACUUGGAAUUUACCUAAUAAACUAAUUGAAGAACCUUCUUUGAAAGUUUACAAUUCACUUUCACGUUCAAAAGUUGAAUUUAUACCAACAAAUGGUAGAACUGUAACUUGGUACAACUGUGGUCCAACUGUGUAUGAUUCGAGUCAUAUGGGUCAUGCUAGAAACUACCUUACACAGGAUAUCAUAAGGAGAAUUCUUAGGGAUUACUUCAGUUAUGAUGUUAAAUUCGUUAUGAAUAUCACAGACGUUGACGAUAAAAUCAUUCUUAAAGCUAGACACAGCCACCUGCUUGAAAAAUAUAAGCAAGACAAUCCAACACCAAAUGAAAAAGUUGAAAACGAUUUACUUCUCUCUUUCCAAGCAUUCGUGGAGAAAGUAAUACCAUUGUUUAAUAAUAUACCGUCAAUAGACGCCCUAGAGCACAAACAAGCAGCAGAGUUGAUCGUCAGCCAUGCCCAAAAUAACCUUCAAGCUUGGUCAGAGAAAGAUCCAAAAGCUGGAAUGUACGUACAAACACUUAGGGAUGGUUUAGAAGCACUUUCGAGUCAGUCGAUUGAUAAAGCACAAGAUAUUCUUUGUCCAUAUCUUGACAAACAGUUCGGAGAGAGCGUUAGAGAUCCAGCCAUUUUCAGAUCCUUGGCUGCCUACUGGGAGGGCGAAUUCUUUAAAGAUAUGUCUGCACUCAAUGUCGAAAAGCCGGACACACUCACGAGGGUUAGUGAAUAUGUACCAGAAAUCAUCACAUUCGUCGAGAAGAUCAUAUCGAAUGGGUUUGCAUACUCUAGUUCAGAUGGAAGUGUCUACUUUGAUACAAAAGCAUUCGAUGGUGCUAAAUCUAAAAAUGGUUUCGAGCACAGCUAUGCUAAACUUCAACCAUGGUCAAAGGGCAUUAAGGAACUUAUCGAGGAAGGUGAAGGCAGUCUUUCGAGCGGAACAGGCAAGAAGAAUAGUUCAGAUUUCGCACUUUGGAAGACGUCCAAACCGGGCGAGCCUUCUUGGACAUCACCUUGGGGUGAAGGCAGACCGGGUUGGCAUAUAGAGUGCUCUGUCAUGGCUAGUGAAGUUCUUGGUCAUAACAUUGAUAUACACUCCGGUGGUGUCGACUUGAAAUUCCCUCACCAUGAUAAUGAAAUCGCCCAGAGUGAAGCAUGCCACGAUUGCCCAGAAUGGAUCAAUUACUUCCUCCAUACGGGUCAUUUGCAUAUCGAAGGACAAAAGAUGUCGAAAUCACUCAAGAACUUCAUCACUAUUGAGGAGGCACUCCGUAGAUUCUCAGCUAGACAGCUUCGUCUUGCUUUCAUGUUACAGCUUUGGAAUACACCUAUGGAUUUCAAAGAGAGUGCAAUGACUGAAGUCAAGAAUUACGAAAGUAUGCUCGCGAACUUCUUUACCAAUGUCAAAGCAAUCAAGAGAGAUGUCAACGAAAAUGUUCUAGAAUGGGAUGGUAAACACCACUACGACAAUCUCGAGAAAGAUCUUGAUGGAAAGUUAACAAAUGCAAAGGCCAACGUUAGAGCAGCGUUAUGUGAUUCAUUCAAUACACCAGCCGCACUCCAAGUCAUUGCUGACUUAGUGGGUAAUGCUAACGUAUACGUCUCUCAACAGAGAUCAGCAAAUCGCGUAAUCAAUGUUGAUAUUUUGGAGAGUAUAGCCAAAUACACAACAAAGAUGUUGUCUAUAUUCGGUGUUAUUCCAGCAAAUCAAUUGUUGGAGAUCGGUUGGUCAGAUUCAGACAACGCAAGCGGCGGAGACAAAGAAGAAACUAUCAUGCCUUAUGUGAAAGUUUUGUCUGGUUUCAGAGAUAAAGUGAGACAAAUCAGUAUCGACAAACCUGAAAAUGCCUUAACAGAGAUUCUCAAACUCUGUGACAAAAUCAGAGAUGAAGAGUGUGUAGACCUUGGUAUAGCGCUCGACGAUCAAACGAAUGGCAAGAAUGCACUAGUUAAACUUGUUAACCCAGAUCAACUUAAGGCGGUUAAGGAGGAAAAGGAGAAGCAAAUAGCGCUUAAAGCAGCUAGAUCAAAAUUGGCCAAAGAGCAAGCCGAAGCUAAACGUAUAGAGAAACUAAAAAAAGGUAGUGUUAAACCUGAAGAAAUGUUUAAGAAUUCAACAGAAUUUUCACAAUUUGAUGAUCAAGGUAUACCAACUCAUGACAAAGAUGGUCAAGAGCUCGCGAAGAAACGUCGCAAGAACCUGAUCAAAGAGUUUGAAAGUCAAACGAAAUUGUAUAAAGAGUACUUAGACGCUGGUAGUCCAGUAUUUUAAAAUUUUUUAAUGUAAUUUAUA